GAUGCCUGGAGAAAGUGGACUGAAAGAUAACAGCGUGCAGGCUGAGGUCACAGAUGCCACUUCAGUCGUCCCUGGUGGUCUUCUGGCACUGACCUUAGCAAGCCAGUUCAUGAGAUCAGGAUGCAGAGGAAAAUAAUCAUUGCACUACUACUGUCAGGUUAUAUUUUAACUGCAUCUCCUCAAACGAGCCCUAACACUCAAAGUCCAGCAGCAACCACUCCUAGUAGAGGUCCUGCAGCUACAACUCCAGGCCCGACACAAGGGUACCAACAAGAAGUGCCACAAUAUGAACCCCCAUUCUCAGCACCAGUAAUAACAGUCAUUGUUUUUGCGGUGAUGGCUGGAAUCAUUGGAAUUAUCCUCCUAAGUUAUUACUUAUUGGUAAACAUAAAGCGAAGAGCAUCUGUCAAACCAUCUCAACCCUCCCGGAUAUAGGUGUGCUUCUUUUAACUUCUGUAGAGACAGAAAGACCAGAAUUGAUGAGAAUCUGCUCACCAAACCAAGUUUUGGAAAAACUCAAAGACAAAAGACUUCAGUCAAAUAUGUGAAAUUCAGUCAAGUGAAAAAUGAACACAUAAAAAACCAACAAAUUGUUUACUUUCCUACGUUGUAUGAGUUCAGGAUAAAAAUUUCAUCAUAA